AAAUAAAUCAUCGCCUUUUUUUUAUUCUAAUCCUCAUCUUCUCCACUAACUCAAGCGAACUCGCUGGCGCGGAAAUGUCCGACGCUCUUUCAGCCCUCCGCCUCCCAUGGAAGGUGAAGAUGAUGUUGACUGCCAUUGCCGUCGGCACCGACAUCUGCGGUCGUCCAGAUGUCUCGGUUAAUCGAUUUCUCGCUAACCUCAUGGAUUUCAAGUCUCCUCCACUGAAGAAACCGAAGAAUGGCGUCAAAAGCUUCGAUGUCACUGUCGAUGCUUCUCGAAACCUCUGGUUCCGUCUCUACUUUCCGAGCUCUGAAUCGACGUCCGAAUCGCUGCCGUUAAUCUUCUAUUUCCACGGCGGCGGAUUCGUGUAUAUGGCUCCUGAUUCCAAACUCCUCGACGAUUUCUGCCAGUCGCUUGCUCGAGAAAUCCACGCCGUAGUCAUCUCUGUGAACUACCGCCUCGCUCCAGAGAAUAAAUGCCCUUGCCAGUACGAAGAUAGCUUCGAUGUUCUGAAAUUCAUCGACGGUGAAGGUUCUUCGUUUGAAGGAUUACCGGCGAACGUCGAUCUGAAACGGUGCUUCGUUGCAGGCGACAGCGCUGGUGGAAACAUCGCUCAUCACAUGAUUUUGAAAUCUGGAGAUCACGAAUUUCGCAAGUUGGAGAUCAUCGGCCUCAUCGCGAUCCAACCGUUCUUCGGCGGAGAAGAGCGAACGGAAUCGGAUAUCAGACUGAUAAAAGCUCCAUUGUCGACGAUUGACCGCACGGACUGGUACUGGAAGGCUUUUUUACCGGAAGGAUUUGACAGAGACCACCCGUCGGUGAACAUUUUCGGUCCAAAAUCAGUGGAUAUAUCGAACGUGAGGUUUCCAGCGAUUAAAGUGGUGGUUGGAGGAUUAGAUCCGUUAAUCGAUUGGCAAAAGAGAUACUACGAAGGAUUGAAGAAAUCAGGUAAGGAAGCUUACUUGACUGAAUAUCCAAAUGCGUUUCACAGCUUUUACGGUUUUCCAGAGUUACCAGAAUGGUCUGAGUUCAUCAAAGACGUCGCGGAUUUCAUAGCAGCGCAGUGCAAGAAGCAGAGCAGUUGAAAGAAUCAGAAUCACAGAUUGAUCGUGAAUAAAGGCAAGAUUAACAGGUUUUGUGCGUUUGAUUUGAUUCCUUUUGUUUAUGAUUGAUGUGGAAAUCCUGUGUUGUAAUCAUUCACACUACUGUACUGCAUUGCUACGAAAAUCAUGGUUAGAUAAUGGUGAUGCAGAAUUUAAUAAUGUUUGUUUCGUCGAAUUUGUUUAGAAGGAUGAACAAUGGAGCCAUUACCAGCAA